AUGAAACGUGUAGCCACUCAACCAAUUACUGCAUUCUUUCGACAGAAGCAGAUAAAGCGUAGGAGUAUCGAGUCCAUUGAAAGCAGUACAGAUGAUAAUAAUGAUGAAGACCAUCAUCAUCAUCAUCACGUUCGAAACGAUAACAUUAAAGACAAGAAGAAACGCGUUGAAAACAACGUCGUACGUGUGAAGCGAAUUUCUUGUAAACGUGACGAUCAUUUCAUGACAUCAAUGCUACACUAUCGAGAACUUGUGGGAUGUGCUACAACUACACAGCAAUUAAUUGGUGGCAUUCCAAGCUUACGACGUCGUCGGAAACAACAAUUGAUUCAUACCAUUUUUACAUCCUUUGAGGUAAAGUGUAUUCGAUGGAACCCUUUGAAUGAGGACGAGAUUGCGUGCUCGUUUACGAAUCGCAACGAAAUUCAUAUUUAUAAUCUGAGUACAUUUCCAAGCAAACCACAGAAAAUAUUGAAGAGCUCCAAUCACCCAUCCAGUGGCUACAAUGACUUACUCUAUGUAAGUGUGACUCAAACGACGUCUAAAGUACACUCAAAAGUAGUUCACGUGAUUGCUGGAGAUAUGGAUGGAGCUGUUCGCAUGUGGGAUUGCCGGUUCCCUUCACGCCCUAUGUGGAGCUUUCUCACAGGAUCACUGAAAACAUCGAUAAACGCUUUGCUGCUGUCAUCGGACAAGCAAUUUCUCAUUUGCGGCAAUGAAGCUGGAAUGCUCAUGACAUACGAUAUUCAGCACAAAUUUAUUCCUGCGUUUGGCUCAAAGCCUGUACCGCAACGAAAAGCAGUAUUUAAUAUUAUGGAAACAAUCAAGCCAUAUCUAUCGCCUGCUUUAAUAGAGGGUGUACUCAUUACAAGUCGACAUGGAUCCCCGGGAAUUAUGUCACUACACCUGGUACCAGAGUCAGAAACAUAUGUGUUAUGCCAGUUGCGCAAUGAUUGGGUUGUAGUUAUUGAUUACCUUCUCGGAUCUGUCGUAAAGUUGCAUACGUUCCUUAGAGGUAUGUAUUUGCCCGUGCACCGUGGACGAUGGUCAGUAAUGUUUGCUUACCGAUAUUUUAAUACAUAUGCUCCGAUCUGGACAGGGUCAAUGCCAAGAGAUAAAUCAAAGUCAGAUGCAUCGCCAUCAGUGCUCUCGAUGGUUUCAGAAAGUGAGUACCAACGAGACUUCGUAUCGCGCUCACUUCGUCAUUCGUGGCUAUCUUGCCAUCGUUGCACGGGUACAUUCUUGUUUGACAAGUCUAUCUUGUGUACGGGAAUCCAUGAUGCCAAGAGUUUGACAAUGAUUGACUUGCACCAACUACGGGUUGCUACAGACCAAAAGAGUGAUGCAAGUAAGUUUGGAGCAGCAAGCUCUGACAUUUCUGAAUUACCGGCUGUCGAACGAAUCCAUCGGUUCCGAAUUCCCAUGAACGGUGUCGUUACUGCUGUAGCGUCUCACCCGAAUCAGCAUUUGGUAAUAUGUGGAGGUGAAAAUAUGAGACUGCAGAUUAUGGGGGCAAUGGGCUAA